AUGGAGGCCGACAAACCUUCUGGCCCCAUCGCCACAGACUCGCUCUCACCGGUUUCCUCGAAUUCGAAUAAACCUGCCGCUCCCUCUUAUCUGGCAACCCCCAUCGGAGGCACUGUCGCUGCUGCUGCUACUCCUCCUCCUCCACCUCUACAUCCACCACACCCGCAAGCCCUACAUAAUGCCCAUCCCGCCGUGAUGGAUCUCGAUACUACUACUACGGACGAUCGUUCUCGUCGGGCCACCAGCGUGAUUUCUAUGGAUGACCUCGAGGCUGCCCAAGCUCUCGAAGGUCUUCGGUCUGAAUUUGGUCAAUCCCCUCGAGUACCGCGACAGACACUGCCAGCAGCGUCGCCAGACCCGCCGCAGCCAGAGCCGCUCUUGUCGCUACUCACUUCUUCCCACCCGCUAAUCUCCUCCGCUAUCAACGGGUCCGUCUCCGCAUACACUACCUCCAAGUCGUACUCGGCACGAUUCAAGUCCGGAGCCGAGUUUAUCGAGCGCAACAUUGGUUCGCCAGUCGCAAAUACCGUUGGAACGGUCGGUCGCAAGACAGGUGUGGAGAGUGGUCUGCGCUGGGCAUUGCAACGGCGAGAAUCCGGCUCCGACUCGAAACACUCUAGUAAACGUCGCAAGGUGAGCGGGGAGGCAGCGGCGCACACAGUAGACGAGGAGAAGGUACCGGAGAACACGAUGACGCCGGCGCGCACUCGCAGUUCGUCUGAUCUGUCUAUGGCGGAGACACUCCCGCCAUACGACGAGAUGCGGUCACCCCGCUACGAGGAAAAACCUGGUCGACAGAAUCCUACAUGGCAAAGUCGACUAGUUAUUUCAACAUCGGGAUUAGGAGUUGCAAUGAGCGAGGAGUCGCUGCGAAGCUUGCAGUACUGUUUGACCUGGCUCCGCUGGGCGAAUGGACGUCUAGGACGAGCCAUUGUGGCCCUUCAGAAUGCUAUGACGGAAUGGGAGAAGCAUAAGCAACAAUCCCAAACUGAUCUCGAAAGUGGGCAGCGUGCGGAGAGCGCCUCUCUCUUGACUCAGCGCAUUCAAGCCGUCAGGGCCGACGUCCUGUCUACGUUGAAGCAGGUUGUCGACGUUGUGUCCAAGUACGCUGGAGGUGCCUUGCCAGAGAAUGCCAGACACCUGGUUCGCCGACACCUCACAUCCCUUCCCCACCGAUUCCAGAUGGCAAGCACAUCGCAGCCACCUCCCGACUCGCCAGAGGCCUCCUCGGAGGCAACCGUCGGCGCCCACCGCAUCUUGGUCCUCGCCAACGAAGGCCUGGAUAUCCUGGGCCAAGUCAGUGGCGUCGUAAACGACACUCUCGUCAGUGCUGAGCACUGGUGUGAACGCUUGGGACGCAAGCGCCCCGAAAAUAAAGCCGCACCGGAUGCGGAGAAACAAAACCACAUGCCCUCCCCGCCAGAUGCCCAGAUGUACGGCGCGGAUAUCAAGCAGCCUAUUGUUACCGAGUCAGCGCCCCAGGAGGAUGUGCAGAUGACUGGAACGGAAAAGACAUAA